AUGUCAGUUGUUGAGGAAGUAGAAGGUGUUGUUUCGUUGGUCACACGCGAAGUCAGUGAGUUUGUCGAGAGCUAUACAUCUUAUAAACAAACCAUAUUAGAAUCAUUAAAUCAGAAUACAAAAGAAAUAGUAGAGAUGGUAGUGACACCAAAGGAAAUGAAGACUUUUCAUAUCGACGAAACUAUUCAACAAAUCACACACACAGAAAAUUACAAUAAAGAACUCAUAAAAAAUCACCAACAAAUUGAGAUCUUAGUCCAACGGAUAUCCUGUGACGUGUCAACCAUCUUUACUCUAAUUUUCAGCGAUAAUAAAAAAUAUUUUAUACCAAAAUGUGUUGCAAAGAAACUGCUGGAUAAUGUCGAAGGCUUUGAAGAUGAGUUGGAAGAAGUACAACUCGACAUCGAAUCAGUCGGAUUCAAUUUCGUACUCAAAAAAUUGCGUGGAGAAAAUUUUGAAGUUCCUGUGAAUUUGAAGAAACAAACAAAAACAAUUUUCGACUUUUUCGAAAUUCAACUGUGA